AUGGCCGACGCUGCUGCUCAGUACAAGAAGCAGGAUGGCAGAGUCUCUGUUUCCGCCGAUGGCAAGACCGUCUCCUGGAAGCCGGCCGGUGGUGCCCUUCCUCCGCUGUCCAUAGCCAUAGCAGACAUCGGAAAUCUCCAGCAAACACCUGCGACCUCUGCGAAAGCCUCCAUCAAGAUUGUUGUACCGGAGCCAGCUCCACAAGCCGGAAACCAUACCCUCACCUUUACCUCCGCUACCGCUCGCGACGACCAGCAGAACAUAACCGGUCUACUGCGCAAAUGGAUCGAGGCUUCCAAACAACAGGCUGCCCCCUCUCCGGCUCCACCUGCUGGUGGCGGCGAGGGAGGCGACAGCGGCGCAUCAGCUGCCAUGGCCAUGGCUCAGACGGUGACAGCUGGCGGCAAAGGCAACGACGAAGCCUACGAUGAUGCGAAACUGCUCGCUGAUACAGCGCUUCAGAUGUCGCUGCUCAAUUCCAGCCCGGCACUUCGUCAACGCUUCGACCGAGCGCUCGCAGAGAAACCUGAUUCCGUGUCCGUCUUACAGUUCUCUAUGCAAUUCUGGUCCACACGUGUGCACAUGUUGAGAUCACAUGCAACGGAAAGAUCGCAGGCUACAGGAACCUAUAACGUGCUUUCCGUGAUCAAGUCCAAGUCGGUCAACGGCACGCUCAUGCUAAGCUUGACCAAAGAGCAAAUUGAGCUCUUGUUCAGACAGCAUCCGGUCGUGCAAAAGGCCUACAACGAGAACGUACCCCAGCUGAGCGAGGGUGACUUUUGGGAGAGGUUCUUCCAUAGUCGCCUCAUGAAAAAGCUCAAGGGCGAGCGCAUCCAAGAAAAGGACGUGCUUGAUCCCAAGCUUGACAAAUAUCUGACUUAUGACGAGACGGCAGACAAUACGGAUCUGCUCGCCGCUUCAAUUCCCAACUUCAUCAACAUCGAGGCAAAUGAGAACAAUCACAGCCAGAAACAAGGUAAUCGACCCGACUUCACCAUGAACCCGACCAAUUACGAGAAAGCGCCCAUCCUCCGAGUCUUGAAUCGCAUGAGCGAGAAAAUGAUGAAAGAAGUGCCACCUUCAGAUUCAAGUCGCCAUGGACCCGUCGGUGUAGAUGAAGAGACAUACAAAGAGCUGCAGUUGCGGGACCUGCAGCGUGCGGAUGAUGACAAUAGGGUCGUUCUCCGGGUACAGGAUCAAAGUCGAUUCUUCUCCGCCGGUCAGAGCGUGCAUACGUCCACUAGUGCUGCGACUUACACAAAACGUACUCCUACACAGGCCCUCUCGACAUUGCACCAGGAUCUUCGCAAGUUUGGCGGCGAUGGUGGCCAGGUCUUGAGCGUUAAUCUUCACUCUACAAUUGACAUCGAUGAUGAGAGUAGUAGUGAUGAUGAGGAGUCUGCUCCAAAGAAGACAAAGGUUGGCAGCAAAUCUGCCCGAAGCGCAGCCUCUUCGCAAAUCAUAGCGGCUGUCAAGAGACGACACCUGCACAACGAUGACUACUCAUCGUCCAAGUCUAUUCCCACAAGCGAGCGAGCAAAGGAGCUCCAUAUCUCCGAAGCUGUUCUAGACAAUCUCACCAUGACCCACAACACAACGGUUGAGUUCCUACAUUACUUCUGGGCUGUAUUCUACUCAGGAGACCCAGACCGCGCCAACGAGAUUGCGCGUCUCAUCGAGACGCUAGACAAGUCACUCGAUCGUAUCAAGGCAGUGGCUGACAUGGCAGAGGCAGACCGUGUAGCCAGGAUUGAGCAUGCCCGGAAAGAAAACGAGUUUGCUAACCAGCGAGAGAGGAAGAAGAGAAAGUUCGAUCCCGAAGCCAUUAGAGGAGGGGCCAAGGCUGUCAACCAGAUUGUGGACCCCUUGAUACGGGCCAUCGACGCCGCGCGGAGUCAAUAUCAAAAAGCUCUCCAAGAACAAGUCGCCCGCAGUGCGGCCAACGCGACUGCUUGA